UCUUCAUCACCCAUAGUUCUCCCACUCAGACUCAAGUUCACACACAUGGCAGAUCCAACCCCUCUCCUCUCUCAAUCCCACUUGGCCGACCCAGAACCUAUGCUCAUUCCCAAACACCUCCCAUCCCUCGACGAAACUUUCGAGCGAUACAUAGGAGAUUUUGGGUGGGCUCAGCUUCUUCAAGCCUUCCUUGUGUCUUUUGCCUGGGUCUUUGAUGCUCAACAAACCUUCAUCAGCGUAUUUACUGAUGCUGAGCCUCCUUGGCACUGCACUGAACUCGGCACAGAGCUAUGCACUUCCGUUUCUAACAUCUGUCAGCUUCCCAAGGGCUCAUGGGCGUGGGACCUGCCAGCGGACACCUCGAUUGUAUCGGAAUGGACCCUUGUGUGUGCCGGUUCCAUCAUCAAGAGCCUCCCUGCGUCUUCCUUCUUCAUGGGCUGCAUGGUUGGUGGACUUGUUCUUGCCACACUCGCCGACUCAUCCCUCGGCCGCAAAAACAUGUUAUUCUUUUCAUGUCUCCUGAUGUCAGCUACAGGGAUUUUGACUAUUUUCUCCCCAAAUGUUUGGAUCUACUCUGGGUUUAGAUUCCUUUCUGGGUUUGGGCGUGCCACCAUUGGAACAUGUGCUAUUGUGUUGUCGACAGAGCUCGUUGGAAAACGGUGGCGCAGCCAGGUGGGGGUAUGUGGUUUCUUCCUUUUCACACUAGGGUUCUUGUCCCUACCAGCCAUAGCUUACUUAAGCAGACGUUCCUCAUGGAGAUAUCUUUAUCUGUGGACUUCUGUUCCGGCAUCGUUGUAUUGUGUUUUAGUCCAUUUCUUCGUUCGUGAGUCUCCUAGAUGGCUUUUGGUGCGUGGCCGCAAAGAAGAAGCGGUGGCAACACUGAAAAGUAUAGGGGCUGUAAACAAUAGUAGCUUCACCUUAAGCUUCUCAGGAUUGCCCUUUGAAGAAGAGGAAACUACAAAUCUACAUCUUUACUCUGUGAUAAGCAUCCUGCUGGAGAAAAGAUGGGCUUUGCGGCGAUUAUCUGCAGUCAUGACAGUAGGAUUUGGGGUGGGAAUGGUGUACUAUGGCAUGCCGUUGGCGCUAGGAAACCUGCCUUUUAAUCUCUACUGGAACGUCACUUUCAAUGCCUUAUCAGAGCUGCCCGCAUCAUUAAUCGCUUUCUUCUUUAUCGAGAGACUGAAUAGGAAAAGUUCAGUGCUGGUUUUCACCAUGACAAGUGGGGUUUGCAGUAUCAUGUGUGUGGUGAUGGGUGAAGAAUGGGCAUCACUGAAGAUUGGACUAGAACUGGUCUCAUUCUUCAGCACAUGCACCGCAUUCGACAUCUUACUAAUAUACACCAUAGAGCUGUUUCCCACAUGCGUUAGGAACUCGGCCAUGGCGAUGGUGAGGCAGGCGCUGGUGUUUGGGGGCGUGUUCUGCCCCGUUAUAGUGGAAAUCGGAAGGGGAAACGGGUACUUGUCGUAUGGAGUUUUCGGAGCAGUGAUAAUAAGCUGUGGGCUGUUUGUGGGAUGCUUGCCAGAGACAAAGGGUGGGACGCUUUGUGACACAAUGGCCGAAGAAGAGAACAAGCAGAGAGCAGGCUCAGGAUCAGGCACAGGCACAGGCUCAUCCUCGGCUUAAGCAAUGACGUGUGGGAUUGAAACGGUUUGAUUUGUAUUGAACGUAAUUAUAGAUGCUCAUUUUGUAUUGUUGUGCGUUUCAGUAUGUGCCUCUUUUUUAUGCCGUUAAAGACUA